AUGGCGGUUGUGAACUAUCAUCAACCUCUGUUACUAGCAUUUCAGCCCCAAUCCCAAAACCCUAACUUCAAUUCCCGCAAAAUUCACCGAACCCAAUUCAAUACUUCGAUUUCUCGACGAUACCCAGUAACCAAUUGCUCGAAUGGAGUCUCAGACUCCGACCCCAACAGUCCACAAGAUAAGGAAGUGAACAGUUUGGGAGUCAAAGCAGCAUUAUCGAUGCUCAAGUUCUACAAAAGGGAGAUAUCGCCGUUGAUGCCGAAUAGUUGCCGGUACGUUCCGACGUGCAGCGAGUACUCCAUGGAAGCUUACAAGAGAUAUGGGGUUGCAAAAGGCACAGUCUUGACUGCUUGGCGCCUCUGCCGCUGCAAUCCUCUAGGUGGUUCUGGUUAUGAUCCUCCUAGAUGGUUCAAUGAGACAAAUUUGCCUGAAGAGUAA